GAGCGAGCGAGCGAGCGAGCCGGGGCCCGGGCCCGGACGGAGAUGCCCCUGCCCCGCUGAGAGCCCCGGGGCGGCCGAGCCGAGCCGAGCGGAGGGGAGCGGGGAGCGGAGCGGAGCGGGGAGCGGAGCGGGGCCCGGCCCAGAGCAGAGCAGCCCCGGGCUCUGGCCCCGCGGCGCCGCAGACAUGACGGUGGAGUUCGAGGAGUGCGUCAAGGACUCUCCCCGGUUCAGGGCGACGCUGGAUGAGGUGGAGACGGAUGUGGUGGAGAUCGAGGCCAAACUGGACAAGCAGCUGGUGAAGCUCUGCAGCGGGAUGAUUGAGGCGGGGAAGGUCUACAUCACCACCAACAAGCACUUUGUCAGCGGCGUCCGGGACCUGUCCCAGCAGUGCAAGAGCGACGCGGUCAUCUCGGACUGUCUGGACAAGUUUGGGGACAGCAUGCAGGAAAUGAUCAACUACCACAUGAUUCUCUUCGACCAGGCUCAGAGAUCGGUCCGGCAGCAGCUGCACAACUUCGUGAAAGACGACGUCCGGAAGUUCAAGGAGACCAAGAAGCAGUUCGACAAGGUCCGGGAAGACAUGGAGAUCUCGCUGGUGAAGAACGCCCAGGCCCCACGCCACAAGCCCCACGAGGUGGAGGAGGCCACGGGCACGCUGACCAUCACAAGGAAAUGCUUCCGUCAUCUGGCGCUGGACUAUGUGCUGCAGAUCAACGUCCUCCAGGCCAAGAAGAAGUUCGAGAUAUUAGAUGCGAUGCUGUCCUUCAUGCACGCGCAGUUCACCUUCUUCCGGCAGGGCUUCAGCCUCCUGCACGAGCUGGAGCCCUAUAUGAAGAAGCUGGCGGCCGAGCUGGAUCAACUGGUGAUAGACUCGGCGGUGGAGAAGCGGGAAUUGGAACACAAGCACGCCCUGAUCCAGCAGAGGACCCUCCUGCAGGACUUCGCCUACGAGGACACGAAGGCCGAGUUCAACGUGGAUGCACCGAAUGGCGUGGUCAUGGAAGGUUACCUCUUCAAGAGGGCCAGUAAUGCCUUCAAAACUUGGAAUCGGCGAUGGUUCUCGAUUCAGAACAGCCAACUGGUCUACCAGAAGAAGCUCAAGGAUGUGCUGACAGUGGUGGUGGAGGACCUGCGACUCUGCUCCGUCAAACCCUGUGAGGACAUCGAACGGCGGUUCUGCUUCGAGGUCGUCUCGCCCACUAAGAGCUGCAUGCUGCAGGCAGACUCAGAGAAGCUGCGCCAGGCCUGGGUCCAGGCUGUGCAAGCCAGCAUCGCCUCCGCCUAUCGCGAGAGCCCCGACAGCUCCUACCUCGAGAGGCUGGACCGCACGGCCUCCCCGUCCACCAGCAGCAUCGACUCGGCCUCGGACGCGCGGGAACGUGUGGGGAAGGGGGAGACCAUCCUGCAGCGGGUGCAGGGCAUCGCAGGCAACGGCCAGUGCUGUGACUGUGGGCAGGCCGACCCCCGCUGGGCCAGCAUCAACCUGGGCGUCCUCCUCUGCAUCGAGUGCUCAGGCAUCCACAGGAGUUUGGGUGUCCACUGCUCCAAAGUUCGGUCUCUGACCCUGGAUUCCUGGGAGCCUGAAUUGCUGAAGCUGAUGUGCGAGCUGGGGAACGGUACUGUCAACCACAUCUACGAGGCGCGGUGUGAGGAGCUGGGAGUCAAGAAGCCCACCUCCAACAGCACCAGGCAGGACAAGGAGGCCUGGAUCAAAGUCAAGUAUGUGGAGAAGAAGUUCCUGAAACAGCUGCCCAGCAGGGAGGCCCUGGGCCGGGCCGGCGAAGCCAAGCCACGGCGCUGGAGCGUGAGGAAGUGCCGAAGGCACAAAAACUCCAGCCGAAUCCCCCCUGCUCGCCGGAAGUACCGCCGUGAGCCGGGCAACCCCUCUUCUGCGGCCCUCUCCUCAGCUGGCACUCUGGAGCGGCAGUUCCGCAGAGACUCCCUGUUCUGCCCCGACGAACUGGACACCCUGUUCUCCUACUUCGACACGGGGGCCGCGGGCACCGGCCCUCGCAGUGCCGGCCGGGGGUCCGGGCAGCCCCCCUCCCCAGCCUGUCCGCCCAGCGGCAGUGGCCUGGGGCCCAGCGGGAGCGGGGACUCGUUGCCCCCGGCCGGAGGUCUGAGCAGUGACAGUGGGCUGGGCGGCAGCACCGACGGCAGCACGGAUAUCCUGGUGUUUGGCUCUGUGGUGGACAGUGUCACCGAGGAAGAGGCGUCGGAGGAGUCCAGCGGGGAGGCGGAGGUGGAGCCGGAGGCCUCAGACCCGGAGGAGCUGCGGGAGCUGCACCCGGGCUUGUUGGUCUACCGGGCGGCCCGGGUCCGGAAUCUGUCGGUCAUGGCUGAGGCGCUGGCACACGGAGCUGAGGUCAACUGGGCCAAUGAAGAGGACGAGAGCCAGACUCCACUCAUCCAGGCUGUCAUGGGGGGCUCCCUGAUUGCCUGCGAGUUCCUACUCCAGAACGGGGCCGACGUGAACCAAAGAGAUGGACGCGGUCGCGCCCCCCUGCAUCAUGCCACCUACCUGGGCCACACUGGGCAGGUGUGUUUGUUCCUGAAACGGGGAGCUAAUCAGCACGCUGUGGAUGAGGACGAGCAGGACCCACUGGCCAUCGCCGUGCAGGCGGCUAAUGCCGACAUCGUCACCCUGCUGCGUCUGGCUCGGAUGAACGAGGAGAUGCGGGAGGCGGAGGGCCCGUGCGGACACCCAGGUCAAUAUCCCAGCAGCAGUCCCACUGAGCUGCAGUACAGGAAGUGCAUCCAGGAGUUCAUCAGCCUUAAUAUAGACGAGUGCUAGGGGAGACCUCCCCGGGGGCUGUCCCACC